AUGUGGGGUGAAAUCGAGCCUCCCGUUAAAACACAGCCGAGGCCGUGUGAGAGUGAAGAGGAGAGUAAAUCCCCUGAAGAACCGGCGGCACGGCCCUGGAGAUGUGACUUAAACUGCCCCGCGGACCCACGGCCGCCGCGGUCCCCACGACAAGACCCCCAGUACGUGAGCCAGGCAGAGUCCACUUGUGUAAAUGACAUGGUGGAAGCCAUCGCCAAGAGUGGGAGUCCAGUGAAGAGCCAGCAGAUCGGAGAGGCUGAACUGAGCCUGGAGGAGCGCAGAGAGGAGCUGCUGCAUCAGUACAGCAGCAGGCCGCUGGUGUUCCUGGAGAGGUACCAUGCCUACCUCAAGCCCCCGAACCUGUCAGCCUUUGCCCACGUCUGCUCAGAUCCACGGGUUCAGCACUACAGCAAAGUGAUACAGAGACGAGCUGCGGCAUGCACCAACAGGACCAGGGUUCGAAACCAGCGCUACGCCGCCCUCAGGGCCCUGCAGAGGGAGGGACAGUAUUUCAGUGAGGAACAGAUGCGAAUGAGGGAGCCGCUGCUGUAUGAACAAUAUAUCGGCCAGUACCUGACUGACGAGGAGGUGCUGGAGCGCUCCCAGGAGGCCAUGCAGGACGAUGCACAGGGGGAACCAGGGGGAGGCACAGGAGGGCUCGCCCACCUCCUCCUCAACUCCUACCAGGAGCGUCUCAUCCAGAAUCGUCUGCAGGAGGAGCAGGAUAGAGAGGAAGGAGCACGGGAGGAGGAGGAGGAUGAAGAUGAUGAUGAUGACACUGUCCGGCAGCAGGAAGGGGAGCCCACCCCGGAGGAGAAGGCGCUGCUCAGGGAGGAGUUCAUCAGUCAGAUGCACCAGCGCUUCCUAGAUGGCAAAGACAAGGAUUUCAACUACAGCGAGGUGGAUGAGAACCCAGAUUAUGACAACUUGGACAUAGUCAGCAGAGAUGCAGAGGAUAAAUACUUUGAUGAAGAUGAUGAUGAAGAGGAGGAAGAAGAGGUGGAACAUGAUGAAGAGGAAGAAAAUAUGACAGAAUAGUGGCUGUAGUAGCAACAACUGUUUCACACUCACUGCUUUGAUUGAAUUGUAAAUACAAAUGUACAAAACACAAAAAGUGUAUGAAUUCUGUUUAACGUUUUUAAUGAAUGCAAACAUAGUUCAUAAUAAAUUGGGGUUUUUUGA